GUAUUGUUUGCUGCCUCCACGAGCUUCCCCACAAACUGCUCGCUCGCGCUCCCGGUGAACACGGAUAACGUUCCCGUCGGUCAAACUCCGGAUCCCGCCUCGCUCCCCGCCGUGUGCACCAUGUCAUCUAAAAGUCACCCUCCGCUCAUGAAGAAGCACAGUCAGACGGACCUGAUCAGCCGUCUAAAGAGCCGGAAGAUCCUCGGGGUUGGUGGCGAGGAUGAUGACGGGGAAGUGCACCGCUCCAAGAUUAGUCAGAUGCUCGGAAACGAGUUGAAGUUUGCAGUGCGAGAGCCGAUCGGGUUGAGGGUUUGGAUUCUCAUCUCUGCUGUGGGUUUCACACUAAUGGCCAUAACGGCUCUGGUGUUUCCCAACCAACUCUACGAGCUUGUUUUCGAGGAGGAGCUUUCCACAACUAGCAUCUCUGUCCGCCUUUAUGGAGCAGCGCUGCUCAGCCUCGCCCUCAUUAUGUGGAACGGUCUCUACACAGCAGAAAAGGUCAUCAUCCAGUGGACUCUGCUCAGUGAAGCCUGCUACUUUGCCGUCCAGUUUCUAGUGACUUGCGUCACCCUGAUGGAGAUCGGCAUCCUGCCCAACGCCGCCAUGCUGCUGCUCCUCAGUCGAGUUCUCUUCUUCGUGGUCACUGUCGCGUACUACUACCACCUGGGCCGCAAGCCCAAGAAGAUCUGAGCCGACUGCGGCGCUUCAGGGAGGGGUGUUUCAGCACAAAUCACAGCUGGGGAUCAGGGGGUCUAAUUGCUUUGUAAGUAAAAGGCCUCAUACCCCCUUUCUGUGGGACCUGGCCUACGACAAACCCCACCAAAGUGAUAUUCAACAGACGUGCAGAGCAUCACAUCGCCACAACAGGAACAAGAAACCUCAGCGCAACACUGAGCGGCUGGGCUUCACACACAUUCCUCCUCUGCGUAGUUUUGCGUGCUGGACGCUGCAUCUGUGUGAAACUUUAAAGUGUACAGGACAGACGGCUACGUACCACCUGUCGGUGUUUCUCUACAGCUAUACCAUGUCCAGGUGAAGUGUUAAGUGUUUUUCCUUUCAUCUACUGUUUAUCACGCUCAAGGGUUUGUGCUAUUUGUUGUUUUGUGAUAUUUUAUAUGUGAAAACGCGAACUGCCUCCCUCUGAAUUUGCUAGAAAAAUAAUUAGCCGUAUGCUUCAGAUGAGAUCAAUGCUGGAUUACUGACACAAAGAAAACUGAUGGGUUGAGUAUCCAGAAACUCUCUGUUCACCCGUUCAAUCAAGACUGGUAAUCAUUUUACCGUUUAGUCUAAAAAUUAGUGUCUUCGUUUUGAAAUCUCUUAUUUGUCAGGCUUUAAGCUGAGAGUUUUUAAAGCACAACUGACUGUCAUGUUAUGUGAACCUGUGAGGUGAAUCGUCCCAGAGAAACCAUACAGUUGUCUCUGCUGCCUGUGCACUAUUAGGAGCAACUUUAACCUGACUGAAAAUCAAACCCUUCAUGUGUAAUUAGCCGGUCAAAUCAAGCAUGUCAUGUGCGUGAUCAACACAUAAUAACCUGUUAUAAUCUCUUAGUUAUGUAGCAUAGCUUGUUUUUUUAAUGCCCUGCACCAUAUCCGAAGUCUUGCCUUAAAACAACUUUAAAGAACAGUCAUCAGAUCUAUGACUUGUAAAUAUGUAAAUAAGUAUUUAAUAUUAAGUGGUGUUCUUGUGAACCAAACAGGGAACUUGUUCAGUAUUAGUCAAUGAUUAUUAAAGGCUAAACCUUCUCUUAAUGUGUCUUAUUUUUGUACCUAUUUAAAUCAUAUUUGUUCAGUCAUUUGCCACCCUGGUAAAGAUCUGUAGGAAAGCUUUUUAACUAAAAGCACAUUUUCAAUUGUGAGGAAAAGUGUUAGUACACACGAUAAAGAAAACAAUAACUAUAAAUACAUGUACAGAAAUUAAUAAUAAACACAGUAAAUAAAAUUGCAAAGCCCAUCAAAAAUGUACGAAAAAAAUUAAAGUUCAUAACAUCAAGUUCUAAAAAAUCCAUAAACUAGCGGAGACAUUUUUUUCCACACAAUAAAAACAUCUUCAUAGAUAUUUUUAAUGAACAUUGGAGCCCAAACUGUUAAUAUUACUAAAACUAUCUUUGGCAUCUUUUAUUAUAGCCCGAGCAGCUUUAAUAUAUUCCUUAGAUAUUUUUGAUGAAUUAUCUUUGAUAAGAGACGUAUUAUCUAUUAUUACCAUUGAUGGAUAAUUAUAGAUUAUCAGAUUGAAGUUAAAACUCUGGCUGCUCUAAAACAUUAAUAUUACUUCUAGUCAGAAAGCUGGUCAGCAGAAUACAGAUUUUAAAUCUUUAUAUAUAUAUAUAUAUAUACCUUAAAGUAAUAAUCUGUAUCUGAAAUAAAUGGUUGUUAUAAACUUUUGUGAGCUUUAGAAAGUUUUUUAUUUUUAUUCUUGAACCUGGCCUAAUAUCCACUCUACUCAGCAUUUUCUGCCCGUCCAGCCUCUUUGGUCACAGUUUUUUAUUUUUGGGCUUUUUUACUUUUUAUUGUAGAACCAGCUGACUAAUGGUUUUCUUUUCUGUUCUGGUGUGACAUAUGGCUAAAAGAAAUGGGCACAUUAUAUUUACACCCAAAGCAAACAGGAAAUCAUAAAUAAGCAGACGCUGAAAAACUGACAUGAGAAAGAAAAUGCUCUAUUUUUGUAGGAAUUAUCACUUUAUUUAAGAAACAAAUAUUUGAAGCUAAAACUUUUUAGAUGUCUUUACCAUGGAUCCAAAACAUGCAGAGGAUGUUAUAAAUUUCAUCACCAAACUAAUUUGUCACAACUUUAUUAGCCGUCCCAUCAGAUUUAUUGAUGCAGUAACCAAAAAAUAUUCUUAAAACAAAUCAGCACAUUAAAACUUGCUUACCUAAGCAGAUAGUUAUAUAUAUAUAUUUAUACAUUUUUCUAUCUGGAAUGCUUUACUGAGAGUUACAACUGCUUAUUUGACAUUAAAAAAAGCCUUUUUCAUCAGUUUGAAACUUGAAAAUCAAAAUGGAUUCAGACUGUAAGCGAGCCGAGUUUCUUCAGUGGUGGUCCAUCAGGUUUCCAGUGGCCACAUUAAGUCCUGCGCCAGAAGGGAGAGGUUCUGCGGUCAGAGGGGGUGUUUUUUUUGUUUUUUUUUGUUUUGGGUCCGCAGCUGCAGAUUCAGCACUGAAGGGAAAUGUGCGCCGUCCUCCCCCAUGUUUCAGCUCAGAUGGGGGAAACUGAAACACGGGUGAGGUAUCCUGCACCCCUAAAAAGCCGUAAUUAUGCUUUUUUAAAAAAUAUUUUGCAGGGUUUAAUUAGAAGCAGCUCUCCCGCGUAACAUUGUGUUCCCCAACCUUUCGCUGCACUGCUUUGCGCUGACUAGCAUAAUUAUGGAGUACGAAAAAAAGUGUCGUUCCGUUUCCAUCAGUGCUCCAGGCCUCAAACGAUCAGCCUGGCGAAAUGUUCAAAGGUCUGCAAGGCAGGUCUAUUUUUGGAGAGAACAGCAAUUUUGCCGAGGAGGGCAGAGGAGAGGAGGCAGAGCAACUCUUUCAUCAUCCCUGAUGUCGUAAAUUAGAGAUAUGAAACUGGAAACUAGUCUUCAAGUCUGAAAACAGUGCAAAAAUGUUUCAUUCACAAUGUUACGGACGGCGUAUGUUUAACUGUUUUAAAUUGUAGCAAAGUGUUUUCAUGUAUAUAUGUGGGAUAUUGUACAUGAUAAAUUAAUUGUGAUUGAAUUCUGAUUAUUAGUUUUAAAUAAAAAGAACACUUGUUUAUUAUUGGAA